CUCCGCUCUACGCUCUCCACGCCGCCCAUGUCGUACGCUCCGCAGCCCGGCACUCGCCAGGCGCCGCCGCCCGGCAGCGGCACGCCCUCGUCGCGGCCAUACGCGCCCAUGCCCUCGGCCGCCGCGCGUCCGUCCGCCGCCGCUGCCUCAGGGCCGUCCAGUGCUGCCGCCGCCGCCGCGCUGGCUGCCAGCCGCAAGCGAGCGGCCGCCGACGGCCUCAGCGCCGAUGCCGCCUCGCUGCGUGCUGCCAAGCGCGGUCGCCCCACCAGCCGCGCUCUGCCGCCCAGCCUGGCGCGCGUCGUGCCCGAGAGCGCCAUGUAUGCCGACCUGCUGCGCAUCGAGCGCGCCGUCGACUGGACCGUUGCACGCAAGCGCGCAGAGGUCGGCGACUCGCUCAGCCGCACGCCAAAGAUGAAGCGCACGCUGCGCAUCUUCCUCUCCAACACGUGCGCCAACCAGACGUUCCAGCGCGACGAUGCCGACGCGCCCGCUGCAGCGGAGGGUGCUGAUGGUGAUGCAGCCGAGGGAGAGGGCGAGGCCGCCAAGGCAGCCGCCGCCGCUGCGACAACCGGCAGCGGCGACGACAAGAUCCCUUCGUGGACGCUGCGCAUCGAGGGUCGGCUCAUGGAGCCAGCCUUCCGUUCCCGCGCCGCUUCGUCGCAGGCAGCCACCGCUGCCGCCGCGCGUGCUGGCGCUCAGCGCUUCUCCAAUCUGGUGCGCACCGUCGUGGUGGAGCUGCAGCGCGACGCGGCGCUCUACCCGGCACAGAGCAACAUCGUCGAGUGGCACCGGCCAAUGCAGACGGCGCUGCCUGAUCGCGCUUCGGCUGCGACGGGCCCGGCUGGCACUGGAGAGCCGCCGCUGGUCUCGGCGGGCGAGCCGUCGCUCGAUGGUCUGGAGAUCAAGCGCAGCGGCAGCAGUCCCGUCAAGGCGCGUAUCGUGCUUUACCCCGCCCACACGCCGGAGCGCUACGCUCUUGCGCCCGAGCUCGCGGCGCUGCUGGACGUGCGCGAGGAGACGCGCGCCGGCAUCAUUGCUGCGCUCUGGGGCUACGUCAAGGCACGUUCGCUGCUUGACGAGAAUGACCGGCGCUACAUUCGCUGCGACGAGGCAUUGGGACGCAUCUUCAAGACGGAGCGCAUUGCCUUCCACCACGUGCCGGAGGUGAUCAACCGGCAUCUGCACCCUGCUCAGCCCAUCGUGCUCGAGUACUGGAUCCGCACCGACGUUGCGGAGCACAAGCACCAGACGGCCUAUGACAUCGAGCUCGACCUCGAUGACUGGGCCACGCGCAAGGCGCGUGAAAAGGUCAUGGAUGCGUUUGAGCCCGCCGGAGAGGCGGCUGCCGAGAUCGCAGAGCUUGACGACCGGAUCGCACAAGCCAGUGCUUCGCUGCACACGCACGCGCUGGCGCGCGACUUCCUCGCCACGUUCGCUCAGUCGCCGCAGGCGCACCUGCGCAGCUGGCUGGCGAGCCAGAGUCGCGAUCUGGACAUUGUACUGGGCGCGCAGAUCGCCGGUGCAGCGGCGGGCGGCGGCGCAGGCGUGGGCGCUGGCAUCGGCGACGAGGAAAUGCGGCGCGCUGAGACGUUCAAGGGCAAGUGGGUUGAUGAGGCAGUCAUCGUGCACGAGUCAGCUCGCUACGCCGAGAGGCUGCAGGGCCUGCAGAGCCAGCCGGCACUGCCCGUCACGGGCCCGGCGCCCGGCAUGGGCAGCAUGCCGCCGCAGGGCCGGCCCGGCGGCGCCGGUGGCAUGAUGCCGCCGCAAGGGCAGCCGCGCCACGGCGUGCACACGCCGCAGCAGACGCCUAUGCAGCCGCUGCGGCGGUAGGGCUCCAUCUCGCGCAUUCUCAGUCUCACUCGUCUCGCGGUCGUAAUGUCACACCUUUCUCUCGC